AUGUCUGCUCCAGCUCUUGGAGGUCUCGGGUUCGAUUCCUGCCGUCAGCCUGAUAACGGAGCUUUCAACAAGCAGGUCCGGUCACUCUCCUGCCCCGUCAUUCUAGGGCCCGACUCAGUCACAACUUUUGGCAGCGGCUGGCAAGUUUCAGGGCAGAUUUCUGACCGCGCUCAGAGUCACGGGCAACCGACGGAGGUACCAUUACAACAUCCUGCCAACGUGGCAAGAACGCUGACACCACCGCUGCCACCUGUCGCCGUUGCAGCUCAAGAUCAGAUCCAUUUCGCAGUGGAUUGGCCGCAGGAGAAAUGCAGGCGUUCUCGCCGGCGGUCGUUUGGAAGCGGUGCAAAGACACCUGCUAACACUCCUAGACGGAGGUCUCCUACUAUGCAGUCUCCUGGAGCUGAAAAGAAAGCACAUGCAUCAGCGGGAGCAGCAGCAGCAGCGGCAGCAGCAGCAGCAGAUGCAGUGGAGGUGCAACAGACUGCAUUGCAUCCCCAAGACCAGCAAAUAGAGCAGCAGCAGCACCAACAGCAGCAGCAGCAGUGGCCACAGCAGCAGCGGAAGCAGCAGAAAAGCAGGUCCCCACCUCCCUCUAGUACCCCUUCUCCCAAGUACCGGGGAGUGAGGAAGAGACAGUCAGGCCAUUGGGUGGCAGAAAUAGAGGACACAGCUAACAACACACGCAAGUGGCUCGGAACGUUUUCCUCUGCCGAAGCUGCUGCCCGUGCAUUCGACCAAGCUGCCCGGGAGCUCCGCGGGCCCCGAGCAAAGACAAAUUUCCCGCUGCCCGAGGAGCCAGCGGGCAGCGGUGGGGAGAGGGAUUACGACAGGGAGAGGGUUGUGAGAAGAAGGUCCCAAAAACGAAGUGUGGGUUUACGUGGGGGUUUCGAUUCUGCUGGCGGUGAUGGGGAUGGGGUUUACCCUGGAAAUGUGGGUGGGAUAUGUGAUGGUGGUGAGGGUGGGGAAGAGUCGUCAUCCCCUAGAAAGUAUGCACCCGUAUGGGAAGGGACCAGCAACGUCGGCAUGAGUGGAGCAGUAUCGAAUGGGGUGUCAGGCCUCAGAGGGAGUGUUACUAAUGGGAAGGAACAGGAGAAGCGGGAUGGGGAGGAGGAUAGAGAGGAGGCUGGGGAGGAGAGUGGGGAGGGGAGUGCAGAGGGGAGUGGGGAGGAGGAUCAUGAAGGGGUGGAUGAAAGGGAGGAUGGAAGGGAGGAUGGAAGGGAGGAUGAGGAUCAGUAUGCACGUGGAGGCUUCAUGGAUUUGGAUUCAAUUCCGGUAAUUGCAUAUGGAAAGCGUUUGCUGCAAGAGGAGGUAUCGGUGAUGGGAGGAGCAGGAGACCUGGCAGCGUUGACCGGGGCUGUUCCUGAUGCUCCCAAAAUGGCAGAUGGAGAGUGUCUGCUGCUCGGGGAUUCUCCGGAAGCGACAGAUGCUCUGGAAGUGGCACCGGUCGCGGGAGGAUCAGAUAACCUUGCAGAGCUUAUCGGGUAUGCCCCUGAUGCGCCAAUGUUUACAGAUACCAAGAGUUUGCUGCCUGGGGAUGGGCUGGAAGUGGGACCAAAUACUGGAGGAGCAGGUAAUCUGGCCGAGCUUAUCGCAGAUGUCUUCGAGUUUCCCAAUGGCUUUUCGAAUGGCUUCCCAAAUGGCUUUUCGAAUGGCUUCCUGAAUGGCUUUUCGAAUGGCUUCUUGAAUGGCUUUUCGAAUGGUUACCCCGAGAGAGUGAUGCUGCUACGCUCGGAAGACUAUGGGUGUGCAGGUGAGAACAAGCUGGCAGGGCCGACUAGAGAGAACAGGGAGGACGGGGGGAAGGCGAGGCAGGGAGGAGGGGAAGGGGUGCAAGGGGAUGCAAAGGAGUGGGAUACGGUGCUGAGCCACAUGCAGGAGGUUGCUGCUGCUGCAUCUGUUGAGUCGGAUAAUGUUGGGCUGGACACUUGGAUGCUUGAGGACAUAGUCGCCCUUGAUGGGUUGAUUAUAGAGGGUGUGACUAUAGAGGGUGUGGCUCCAAAUGGUGUGACUGUGGAGGGUACGGCAUCAAAAGGUGUCACUGUAGAGGGUGUGACAGCAGCAGGUGCUGCGGAGGAGAUUUAG